AACAGACGAAGAAUUUGCGCAUGCGUUCAGCUGCGCAGAAGUAUCAGUUGUCAUUGUUUGUUCCUCUCCUUCGUUUACUUAAAAAUUUUCAAUUGUUAUAGUAACAAUGUCUUCGUCUCUGUACCUCAGAGACUUUAUCAGAGAAAGACUAACCGCCGCGGCUGAGGAAAUCUUCACAGAGUUUGAAAAAAACAUCACCCGAUACGAGGAAAGGAUCAGACUGCUGGAUACCUGCUGGAGACCCCAUAUAAAGCUGCACAGAAUCGACCUCCCACAGCAACAUGUCUGUAUGGAGGACGACGUUUCUGCCGAGCAGGGGAUCUGUAACCAGGAGACAAACUGCAGUCUGAACCGGGAGGAUCCAGGACCUCUGUGGAUUAAACAAGAGGAGGAGGAGGAAUUCUGCAGCUCCCAGGAGGAAGAGGAGCCAGAGCUGAAGGAGGAGACAAAUAUAUACACGCUGAAUCCUAGUUAUGAGGAAGACCUACAGCAACGCGUCCCCACGGAGGGGGAAGCUCUUACCGACCAGCUGCUCUGUGACCAGGAGAGCAACUCCAGUCAUGACCAGAUGGAGCCAGAACCUCCACUUAUCAAGGAGGAAGAGGAGGAACUCUGCAGCUCUCAGGAGGAAGAGCGGCGCGUACCACAGGAGGUAACGAACGGCUUUAUGCCCACUCCUAGUUCCUCCGCGGAAGGAGAGGACACCGAAUCAGAACAAGACCCGGGUUUUCAUCCGGAACCAAACCGCCACCAGAUCCAGCCUCACGCCUUCUCUCUCACCCCGGGGGUGUUUUAUAAAGGAAGUGACGACUGGGAUCCAGAAGAGCGUAAGAACGCUGAGCCGAAGCCAGAAGGGAGACAGUUCAAUAACAAUAUGGAGUUCCCUCCAUUAUCAGCGGCGGACUCCCAGGUCGAUGCGUUCAAAAAGCCCUUUCACUGCGACCUUUGUGGCAAAAUCUUUCAAUUCAAAUCCAGACUGAUCAGACAUGCGGCGACCCACAUGGGUAAAAACACGUCGUCAUGUGGCAUUUGUAAGAAAUCGUUUAGUGAAAACCGCCAACUGAUCCACCACAUGAGGAUCCACACAGGGGAGAGGCCCUGCGGCAUAGUGCUCGGUCAGCACAGUGGCUUGUUGGCGCCCAAGAAGGAGAAGCCGUUCGUUUGUAACACGUGUGGAAAAUAUUUUAGCAAGUCCUACAUCCUGAAAAGACACGCCCGGCUCCACACCGGCGAGAAGCCUUUCACCUGCGGCAUGUGCGGCAAAUCCUUCAGCCGGAGGGACCACAUGCUGGGCCACAUGAAAACCCACUCGGGCGGCGGCGCUUCUGUCCGCAGCGGCUUAGGGCGACCGCCCGUCCCGUCGGCGCCCGCGAGCAAACAGGUGGUGGUCCACUCCGUCAAGAAGCCCUAUUCUUGCGAGGUAUGCGGGAAAGGCUUCAGGCGACACCGCAGCUUUUCGUUUCACAUGAAGAGUCACGGCGGCGUGGGUUCGUUCGACUGCAAGACCUGCGGGAAAAACUUCAACCAGGCCUCGAAGCUGAAAAGACACGAGACGGUGCACACGGGCGCGAAGCCUUUCUCCUGCGGCACGUGCGGGAAAUCGCUAAGCAGAAGGGACCACUUGCUGCGGCACAUGAGACUCCACGCUGGCGGGAACCCCCACGUUUAACGCCAGCCCUGGAAAUCGUUCGAAGUGCAUACAGUGAACGACGCGGGUCUGAUUUCUGAAGAGUGUGUAAACAAACAUUUAGCGUAAAGACCUCCAUAUUAGAAUCCUCUUAGGUGGGAUGCUUCUUACUAAGAGAUUUAGACGAGGACAA